AUGUCGGACAGCGCCACCCAACAGGCCCUGCCUAUCCCUCCUUACGACGCUGAGCUUGCCGCCCUCCAGGACACUCAACAUCGUCCUAUCCCAGAAAGCUAUGAAGAGCUCAUUGGACUUCGUCAAUCUGAGCCUGCCUUUGAUGAAAAGAUCAAUGAAGAUCCGAAUUUGAAGGUGCAGAAACUGGCUUUCUCUUGGGAAGGCCGAGAUAUCCCCGCGAUCACUCUUUCAAGGGCCGUCCCUCUGAGUGAAGAUACUCUCCGCCCCGGUCUCGUGUUCUGCCAUGGAGGAGGAAGAGUUAUGGGCAAUGUUUAUGUCGGUCUGCGCAGCUUGAUAGAUAUUGUCAAGACGGCAGAUGCCAUUGUCCUGAGUGUUGACUAUCGUCUUGCUCCCGAUUUCCACGGCAUGGCAUCAAUUGAAGACUGUUACGCCGGUCUUGUUUGGAUGAGCCAGAACUUAGGCAAGUUCAGAAUUGAUCCCAGUCGCUUCAUGAUUGCUGGCGCAUCUGCUGGCGGAGGUAUCGCAGCAGGUACGGCCCUUCUUUCAAGGGAUCGAAACGGACCAAAGCUUUGUGCCCAGCUUCUGAUUUGUCCCAUGUUGGACGAUAGAUGCGCGACAUUGUCAUGCAGGCAGUUCGACAACGGUCGUGGGUUCUAUACGCAAUGGGGUCGCUAUGCGUGGAGGUGUGUCCUUGGAGGUGAAGCAGGAGCUGAGAACGCCAAUCACUACGUUGCUGCUGCCAGAGCUACAGAUCUCUCGAACCUUCCUCUGGCAUAUAUUGACGUUGGGUCUGGAGAGCCAUUCCGUGACGAAGAUAUCGCGUAUGCAACCAAGCUAUGGGAGUGUGGUGUGCAGGCUCAUCUACACGUCUGGGGUGGUGGUGCUCAUGGAUUUGAUCUCUUCUACGAUUGUCAACUUGGUGAUCAGGCGAACGAAACUAGAAAUAGAUGGCUGAGGACCUUCCUGGCAGCUAAACCAUAA